AUUUCAGCAGUGUUUUGCUAAAGCUCUUACUGUGAAUACUGUGUAGUAUGUGUACAAAUGACUCCUAACUUAUUAGAUUUCUUCCAGUGCGUGCAUCCUGGCAGAAGACACCCCAGCAGGCCUCGAGCACUGCUGCUGCUUCACUUCACAUAAUGAAUAUUCAGAGGCUGCAGUCAUUGAGAACUCAGGUGGCAAAAAUAGUAAGGUGAUUGAAGCAAACCCUAACAUGAAAGCAAAUCUGCAUUUCAGCGACUCAGACACACUGAUUACAGCACAGAUUCCUGACCCCCAGACCCCAUGAGAGGAGAGUCCUGGGGAACCUCCUAUGAAUCAGGCAUCUGUUCCAUACACCAACCUGCUCACGUCUUUCUGUAUGAUGUGUUGUAAUCAGCAUAUUGUUUUUAAAAGACAACAAGCCCUUCUGUAGUCCUCUCCACAAAAUGCAUUUAGGCUGAUAGUUGUUCAGCAUAAAGGACGGACUGUUGAGACGGGCAAUACGUGCAUUGUUUCCCUGUAAUGCAGUCAGGAUCUCCAGAGCAAAAUUUAGUGUGUUUUUUGAAAUCUUAUUUUAUAUAUUUUGUCACCAUCAGCAGUUGAACUAAAGUAGGAACAGCUCCAUUCUAUCAGGGGUUAAAUUAUUCUCAGUGUAGAUCUAGUGGUGAUGUAUAAAUUGCAGCCUUUUCUUUUUUUCAAAGGAUUCUAAAAUAGGUUUUCAGAAUUAGUGCUGGAUUUCUGCUUCUGCAUGUGUGGUGACUCUUGAUUCUUCCCCUUUGGAGAAGCAUCCUUUGCAGCAUUCCCCCUUCCGAGGAAUCACUUAGACACUUCCAGCUGGUGGCAGGGGAUACAGCCAUAAUACAGCUUCCUCUGUCCCAGCUGUCUUCUUCACUACAGUAAAUGCAUUACGAUGGCUGCACUCUCCUGUAAAGGUUCAGGUAGAGGAAGGUGUAGGAUGAAGUCCGGACAGCGUCGUUGGGGUUUUUAAAAGCUUCAGCUUCUCCAGCAUCUUUUCAUUGUGAAUGUCUUCCUGCUGCUAGUCAAAGCUUUCUCUCUAGUGGUUGGAAUGCCGCUGUAAGCCUGAUUAAAGGUGCCUGAGGAUAUCACCUUUUACAAGGAAGCCCUGCGUGCUUGAGAGGAUCUUUUUAAAUGCAUUAUGGCUCAUGCAGCCUCACAAUUAAAGAAAACCAGGGAUUUAGAAAUCAAUGCUGAAGAAGAGCCUGAGAAAAAAAGGAAACACCGCAAACGGUCCCGGGAUCGGAAGAAAAAGUCUGAUGCCAACGCAAGUUACUUAAGAGCAGCUCGAGCUGGACACCUUGAAAAGGCCCUCGACUACAUAAAAAAUGGAGUUGACAUCAACAUUUGCAAUCAGAAUGGGUUGAAUGCUCUCCAUCUUGCUUCCAAAGAAGGCCAUGUAGAAGUUGUUUCUGAGCUGCUACAGAGAGAAGCCAAUGUGGACGCAGCUACGAAGAAAGGAAACACAGCAUUGCACAUCGCAUCUUUGGCUGGGCAAGCAGAGGUAGUAAAAGUCUUGGUUACAAAUGGAGCCAAUGUCAAUGCACAAUCUCAGAAUGGUUUCACGCCAUUGUAUAUGGCAGCCCAGGAAAAUCACCUGGAAGUUGUCAAGUUUCUUCUUGACAAUGGUGCAAGCCAGAGCCUAGCCACAGAGGAUGGCUUCACACCAUUGGCAGUGGCUUUGCAACAAGGUCACGACCAAGUCGUUUCGCUCCUGCUAGAGAAUGACACCAAAGGAAAAGUGCGUCUCCCAGCUCUUCAUAUCGCGGCCCGAAAAGACGACACGAAAGCAGCCGCCCUGCUGCUACAGAAUGACAACAAUGCGGAUGUGGAAUCAAAGAUGGUGGUGAAUAGAACAACAGAGAGUGGCUUCACUCCGCUCCACAUAGCUGCUCACUAUGGAAAUAUCAAUGUAGCCACGUUGCUGUUAAACCGAGCGGCUGCUGUGGACUUCACCGCAAGGAAUGACAUCACUCCUUUACAUGUUGCAUCAAAAAGAGGAAAUGCAAAUAUGGUAAAACUAUUGCUUGAUCGAGGAGCUAAAAUCGAUGCCAAAACCAGGGAUGGUCUGACACCAUUGCACUGUGGAGCAAGGAGCGGCCAUGAGCAGGUGGUAGAAAUGUUGCUUGAUCGAGCUGCCCCCAUUCUUUCAAAAACCAAGAAUGGAUUGUCUCCAUUGCACAUGGCCACACAAGGGGAUCAUUUAAACUGCGUCCAGCUUCUCCUCCAGCAUAAUGUACCCGUGGACGAUGUCACCAAUGACUACCUGACUGCCCUACACGUGGCUGCCCACUGUGGCCAUUACAAGGUCGCCAAGGUUCUCUUGGAUAAGAAAGCUAACCCCAAUGCCAAAGCCUUGAAUGGCUUUACCCCUCUUCACAUUGCCUGCAAGAAGAAUCGAAUUAAAGUAAUGGAACUCCUUCUGAAACACGGUGCAUCCAUCCAAGCUGUAACCGAGUCGGGCCUUACCCCAAUCCAUGUUGCUGCCUUCAUGGGGCAUGUAAAUAUUGUAUCACAACUAAUGCAUCAUGGAGCCUCGCCAAACACCACCAAUGUGAGAGGAGAAACAGCACUGCACAUGGCGGCUCGCUCUGGCCAAGCUGAAGUUGUGCGGUAUCUGGUACAAGACGGAGCUCAGGUAGAAGCUAAAGCUAAGGAUGACCAAACCCCACUCCACAUUUCAGCCCGACUGGGGAAAGCAGACAUAGUCCAACAGCUGUUGCAGCAAGGGGCAUCUCCAAAUGCAGCCACAACUUCUGGGUACACCCCACUUCACCUUUCUGCCCGAGAGGGGCAUGAGGAUGUUGCCGCAUUCCUUUUGGAUCAUGGAGCAUCUUUAUCUAUAACAACAAAGAAAGGAUUUACUCCUCUUCAUGUGGCAGCAAAAUAUGGAAAGCUUGAAGUCGCCAAUCUCCUGCUACAGAAAAGCGCAUCUCCGGAUGCUGCUGGGAAGAGCGGGCUAACCCCACUGCAUGUAGCUGCACAUUACGAUAAUCAGAAAGUGGCCCUUCUGCUUUUGGACCAAGGAGCCUCACCUCACGCAGCCGCAAAGAAUGGUUAUACGCCACUGCACAUUGCUGCCAAAAAGAACCAGAUGGACAUAGCGACAACUCUGCUGGAAUAUGGUGCUGAUGCCAACGCAGUUACCCGGCAAGGAAUUGCUUCCGUCCAUCUUGCAGCGCAGGAAGGGCACGUGGACAUGGUGUCGCUGCUCCUUGGUAGAAAUGCGAAUGUGAACCUGAGCAAUAAGAGUGGCCUGACCCCACUCCAUUUGGCUGCUCAAGAAGAUAGAGUGAAUGUGGCAGAAGUCCUCGUAAACCAAGGAGCUCAUGUGGACGCCCAGACGAAGAUGGGAUACACACCACUGCAUGUGGGCUGCCACUAUGGAAAUAUCAAGAUUGUUAAUUUCCUGCUCCAGCAUUCUGCAAAAGUUAACGCCAAAACAAAGAAUGGGUAUACGCCAUUACAUCAAGCAGCGCAGCAGGGACAUACGCAUAUAAUAAACGUCUUACUUCAGAACAAUGCCUCCCCCAAUGAACUCACCGUGAAUGGGAAUACUGCCCUUGGCAUUGCCCGGCGCCUUGGCUACAUCUCAGUAGUGGACACCCUGAAAAUAGUGACCGAAGAGACCAUGACCACAACUACCAUCACAGAGAAGCACAAAAUGAAUGUUCCAGAAACGAUGAAUGAAGUUCUUGAUAUGUCUGAUGAUGAAGUUCGUAAAGCCAAUGCCCCUGAAAUCCUCAGUGAUGGUGAAUAUAUCUCAGAUGUUGAAGAAGGUAAUAGAUGCACAAGGUACAAAAUUCCCAAGGUGCAAGAGUUUACAGUGAAAAGUGAAGAUGCAAUGACGGGGGAUACAGACAAGUAUCUUGGGCCACAGGACCUUAAGGAACUGGGUGAUGAUUCCCUGCCUGCAGAGGGUUACAUGGGCUUUAGUCUCGGAGCACGUUCUGCCAGUCCCAAGAUCAGCCUCCGCUCCUUCAGUUCGGAUAGGUCUUACACCUUGAACAGAAGCUCCUAUGCACGGGACAGCAUGAUGAUUGAAGAACUCCUUGUGCCAUCCAAAGAGCAGCAUCUAACAUUCACAAGGGAAUUUGAUUCAGAUUCUCUUAGACAUUACAGCUGGGCUGCCGACACCUUAGACAAUGUCAAUCUUGUUUCAAGCCCCAUUCAUUCUGGCUAUUCUUCUCCACUUCCUCAGUAUGAUUCAAGGUUUCUGGUUAGUUUUAUGGUGGAUGCGAGAGGGGGCUCCAUGAGAGGAAGCCGUCACCACGGGAUGAGAAUCAUCAUUCCUCCACGCAAGUGUACGGCCCCCACUCGAAUCACCUGCCGUUUGGUAAAGAGACAUAAACUGGCCAACCCACCCCCCAUGGUGGAAGGAGAGGGAUUAGCCAGUAGGCUGGUAGAAAUGGGUCCUGCAGGGGCACAAUUUUUAGGUAAACUGCAUCUUCCUACCAAUCCUCCCCCUGUAAAUGAGGGUGAGAGCUUGGUUAGCCGAAUCCUGCAGCUGGGGCCUCAAGGAACAAAAUUUAUUGGCCCUGUCAUAGUGGAAAUCCCUCAUUUUGGGUCCAUGAGAGGAAAAGAAAGAGAACUUAUUGUUCUUCGAAGUGAAAAUGGUGAAACUUGGAAGGAGCAUCAAUUUGACAGCAAAAAUGAAGAUUUAACUGAGUUACUUAAUGGCAUGGAUGAAGAACUUGAUAGCCCAGAAGAAUUAGGGAAAAAGCGUAUCUGCAGGAUCAUCACGAAAGAUUUCCCCCAGUAUUUUGCUGUGGUUUCACGGAUUAAACAGGAAAGCAACCAGAUUGGUCCUGAAGGUGGGAUUCUGAGCAGUGCCACAGUGCCCCUUGUUCAGGCAUCUUUCCCAGAGGGCGCCCUAACUAAAAGAAUUCGUGUGGGCCUCCAGGCCCAGCCUGUUCCAGAUGAAAUUGUGAAAAAGAUCCUUGGAAACAAAGCAACAUUUAGCCCAAUUGUCACUGUGGAACCAAGAAGAAGGAAAUUCCAUAAACCAAUCACAAUGACCAUUCCGGUGCCCCCGCCCUCAGGAGAAGGUGUAUCCAAUGGAUACAAAGGGGACACCACACCCAAUCUUCGUCUCCUCUGUAGCAUUACAGGGGGCACUUCGCCUGCUCAGUGGGAAGACAUCACAGGAACAACUCCUUUGACGUUUAUAAAAGAUUGUGUGUCUUUUACAACCAAUGUUUCAGCCAGAUUUUGGCUUGCAGACUGCCAUCAAGUUUUAGAAACUGUGGGGUUAGCCACGCAACUAUACAGAGAAUUGAUAUGUGUUCCAUAUAUGGCCAAGUUUGUUGUUUUUGCCAAAAUGAAUGAUCCUGUAGAAUCUUCCUUGAGAUGUUUCUGCAUGACAGAUGACAAAGUGGACAAAACUUUAGAGCAGCAAGAGAAUUUUGAGGAAGUCGCAAGAAGCAAAGAUAUUGAGGUUCUGGAAGGAAAACCUAUUUAUGUUGAUUGUUAUGGAAAUUUGGCCCCACUUACCAAAGGAGGACAGCAACUCGUUUUUAACUUUUAUGCUUUCAAAGAAAAUAGACUGCCAUUUUCCAUCAAGAUUAGAGACACCAGCCAAGAGCCCUGUGGUCGUCUGUCCUUUCUGAAAGAACCAAAGACAACAAAAGGACUGCCUCAAACAGCUGUUUGCAACUUAAAUAUCACUCUGCCAGCACAUAAAAAGGAGACAGAGUCAGAUCAAGAUGAUGAGAUUGAGAAAACAGAUAGACGACAGAGCUUCGCAUCCUUAGCUUUACGUAAGCGCUACAGCUACUUGACUGAGCCUGGAAUGAAAACAGUUGAACGGAGUACAGGAGCAACAAGAUCCCUCCCCACCACUUACUCAUACAAGCCAUUCUUUUCUACAAGACCAUACCAGUCCUGGACAACAGCUCCGAUUACAGUGCCCGGGCCAGCCAAGUCAGGCUUCACUUCCUUAUCAAGUUCUUCCUCUAAUACGCCAUCAGCUUCUCCGUUAAAAUCAAUAUGGUCUGUUUCGACUCCUUCUCCAAUCAAAUCCACAUUAGGCGCAUCAACUACAUCUUCAGUUAAAUCCAUUAGUGACGUGGCAUCUCCAAUUAGAUCCUUUCGGACAAUUUCUUCGCCGAUAAAAACUGUGGUGUCACAAUCUCCAUACAAUAUCCAAGUUUCCUCUGGUACCCUGGCUAGAGCUCCCGCAGUCACGGAAGCUACGCCCUUAAAAGGGCUGGCAUCCAAUUCUACGUUUUCCUCUCGAACCUCUCCAGUGACUACAGCAGGGUCUCUUUUGGAGAGGUCAUCAAUUACUAUGACACCCCCUGCCUCCCCCAAAUCAAACAUUAAUAUGUAUUCCUCAAGUUUGCCAUUUAAGUCAAUUAUUACAUCAGCAGCACCGCUAAUAUCCUCACCUUUAAAGUCAGUGGUGUCUCCAGUUAAAUCAGCAGUUGAUGCCAUUUCAUCAGCCAAAGUUACAAUGGCGUCUUCCCUCUCAUCACCUGUGAAGCAGAUGCCUGGACAUGCAGAGGUAGCACUAGUCAAUGGAUCUAUUUCCCCCCUAAAAUAUCCAUCAUCUUCAACUUUAAUUAACGGAUGCAAAGCCACUGCCACGUUACAGGAAAAAAUUUCUACAGCUACAAACUCUGUGAGCUCUGUGGUCAAUGCAGCCGCUGACACAGUUGAGAAAGUGUUUUCUACCACGACUGCAAUGCCAUUUUCCCCACUCAGGUCUUACGUUUCUGCAGCACCAUCAGCUUUUCAGUCUUUAAGAACUCCUUCCGCAAGUGCACUCUACACAUCCCUUGGGUCGUCAAUCUCUGCAACUACCUCAUCUGUAACUUCAUCAAUUAUAACAGUGCCAGUAUACUCUGUAGUCAAUGUUUUGCCAGAACCAGCAUUAAAGAAACUUCCAGACUCUAAUUCAUUUACAAAAUCAGCAGCAGCCUUGCUGUCACCCAUUAAAACAUUGACUACGGAGACACGUCCUCAGCCUCAUUUCAGUCGAACUUCAUCUCCAGUUAAAUCAUCUUUGUUCCUUGCACCCUCUGCCCUUAAGUUGUCUACACCAUCUUCUUUAUCUUCCAGUCAGGAAAUACUAAAAGACGUGGCCGAAAUGAAAGAGGACCUAAUGCGGAUGACCGCAAUCCUACAGACAGAUGUGCCUGAGGAGAAGCCAUUCCAACCGGAACUCCCAAAAGAAGGGAGAAUUGAUGAUGAAGAACCUUUCAAAAUUGUUGAGAAAGUAAAGGAAGACUUAGUGAAAGUUAGUGAAAUCCUUAAAAAGGAUGUGUGUGUAGAUAGUAAAGGAUCACCCAAAUCACCAAAGAGUGACAAAGGACACUCUCCCGAAGAUGACUGGACAGAAUUUAGUUCUGAAGAAAUCCGAGAAGCGAGACAGCAGGCUGCCGCCAGCCAUUCUCCACCUCUGCCGGAGAGGGUGCAAGUAAAAGCAAAGGCCGCCUCCGAAAAGGAUUAUAACUUGACCAAAGUUAUUGAUUACCUAACAAAUGACAUUGGGAGUAGUUCACUGACAAACUUAAAAUACAAGUUUGAGGAUGCAAAGAAGGAUGGUGAGGAGAGACAGAAAAGAGUCUUAAAACCAGCAAUUGCAUUGCAGGAACACAAACUCAAAAUGCCUCCAGCCUCCAUGAGGCCCUCCACCUCUGAGAAAGAAUUGUGUAAAAUGGCCGAUUCCUUUUUUGGAACAGAUACUAUUUUAGAGUCUCCCGAUGACUUUUCUCAACAUGACCAAGAUAAAAGUCCCUUGUCUGACAGUGGCUUUGAAACAAGAAGUGAAAAGACACCUUCAGCCCCGCAAAGCGCUGAAAGCACGGGUCCCAAACCACUUUUUCAUGAAGUUCCCAUCCCUCCUGUCAUUACAGAAACAAGAACUGAAGUGGUUCACGUCAUCCGGAGCUAUGAGCCCUCAGCUGGGGAUGUUCCCCAGACCCAACCAGAGGAGCCUGUGUCACCUAAACCUUCACCCACAUUUAUGGAAUUGGAACCAAAGCCCACCACCUCUAGUAUUAAAGAAAAAGUUAAAGCAUUUCAAAUGAAAGCCAGUGGCGAAGAAGACGACCACAAUCGGGCCUUAAGCAAAGGCAUGCGUGUUAAAGAAGAGACUCACAUAACCACAACCACCAGAAUGGUUUAUCAUUCUCCACCAGGCGGUGAAGGUACAUCUGAAAGAAUUGAAGAAACCAUGUCAGUCCAUGACAUCAUGAAGGCCUUUCAGUCCGGGCGGGAUCCUUCCAAAGAGCUGGCAGGUCUGUUUGAACAUAAGUCGGCAGUGUCUCCAGACGUUCACAAGUCUGCUGCUGAAACCUCAGCCCAGCAUGCAGAGAAGGACAACCAAAUGAAACCCAAACUGGAGCGUAUAAUAGAAGUCCACAUCGAAAAAGGUAACCAAGCUGAGCCCACUGAAGUCAUUAUUAGAGAAACCAAAAAGCAUCCAGAAAAAGAAAUGUAUGUAUAUCAGAAAGACUUAUCCCGGGGAGAUAUUAACCUAAAAGAUUUUCUGCCAGAAAAACACGAUGCUUUUCCUUGUUCAGAGGAACAGGGUCAGCAAGAAGAAGAAGAACUUACUGCUGAAGAGUCAUUGCCUUCUUAUCUGGAGUCUUCCAGGGUAAACACUCCUGUGUCCCAAGAAGAAGAUAGCCGCCCUAGUUCUGCUCAGCUCAUAUCUGAUGACUCUUAUAAAACAUUGAAGCUUUUGAGUCAACACUCAAUAGAAUACCAUGACGAUGAGUUGUCAGAACUAAGAGGGGAGUCUUACAGGUUUGCUGAGAAAAUGCUUCUGUCAGAGAAGCUAGAUGUGUCUCAUUCUGAUACUGAGGAGUCGGUUACAGACCAUGCAGGACCCCCUAGCUCAGAGUUACAGGGGUCUGAUAAGCGGUCCAGAGAAAAAGUAGCCACUGCCCCCAAAAAAGAAAUUCUCUCCAAAAUCUAUAAAGAUGUUUCUGAAAAUGGUGUAGGUAAAGUGUCUAAAGAUGAGCAUUUUGAUAAAGUCACAGUGUUGCACUAUUCUGGCAAUGUUAGUAGUCCAAAACAUGCCAUGUGGAUGCGCUUUACUGAGGACAGAUUAGACAGAGGUAGAGAGAAGUUGAUAUAUGAAGAUAGGGUGGACAGGACUGUGAAGGAGGCAGAAGAAAAACUGACUGAAGUGUCACAGUUUUUUCGUGACAAAACUGAAAAGCUAAAUGAUGAACUGCAAUCCCCAGAGAAAAAGGCACGCCCUAAAAAUGGCAAAGAAUAUUCUUCUCAAAGCUCUACCAGUAGCAGCCCUGAGAAAGUACUGCUGACAGAACUGCUGGCAUCCAGUGAUGAAUGGGUUAAGGCAAGACAGCAUGGCCCUGAUGGACAAGGCUUCCCCAAGGCCGAGGAGAAGGCAUCCAGUCUGCCCAGCAGCCCAGAGAAGACGGCUCUCUCCCAACAGACUGAGGACAGCAAGUCCACAGUGGAAGCCAAAGGAAGUAUUUCACAGAGCAAAGCACCAGAUGGGCCCCAGUCUGGAUUCCAGCUCAAACAAUCUAAACUCAGUUCCAUUAGAUUAAAAUUUGAACAAGGCGCACAUGCAAAAAGUAAAGACAUGUCUCAAGAAGACAGAAAGUCAGAUGGCCAGUCCAGAAUCCCAGUUAAAAAAAUACAGGAGAGCAAGCUACCCGUCUACCAAGUUUUUGCUAGAGAAAAACAGCAGAAGGCCAUAGACCUCCCAGAUGAAAGUGUAUCUGUGCAAAAAGAUUUCAUGGUAUUAAAAGCCAAAGAUGAGCAUGCCCAGAGCAACGAAAUUGUUGUAAAUGAUUCUGGCUCUGAUAAUGUGAAAAAACAGAGAACUGAAAUGUCAAGUAAAGCAAUGCCUGACUCUUUUUCUGAGCAGCAGGCUAAAGACUUGGCAUGUCAUAUAACCUCAGAUUUAGCAACUAGGGGACCAUGGGACAAAAAGGUCUUUAGAACAUGGGAGAGUUCGGGAGCCACUAACAAUAAGUCUCAGAAAGAAAAACUUUCACAUGUACUUGUUCAUGAUGUAAGAGAAAAUCACAUUGGUCACCCUGAGAGUAAAAGUGUUGAUGAAAAGAAUGAAUUUAUGUCUGUGACUGAGAGAGAACACAGAUUGUUAACAAAUGGCUCUCUCUCAGAAAUUAAAGAAAUGACUGUAAAAUCUCCCUCCAAAAAAGUCUUAUAUAGGGAAUAUGUUGUGAAAGAAGGGGACCAUCCAGCUGGAUUGCUUGAUCAGCCUUGCAGGAGGAGCGAGAGCUCAGCAGUGUCACACAUUCCCGUCAGAGUUGCUGAUGAGAGGAGAAUGCUGUCUUCUAAUAUUCCCGAUGGUUUCUGUGAACAGUCGGCAUUUCCAAAACAUGAACUAUCACAAAAGUUGUCCCAGUCAAGCAUGAGUAAAGAGACAGUUGAGACACAGCACUUUAAUUCUAUAGAGGAUGAAAAAGUUACCUAUUCAGAAAUCAGCAAAGUUUCCAAACACCAGAGUUAUGUAGGUUUAUGCCCACCUCUCGAGGAAACUGAAACCUCGCCCACCAAAUCUCCUGAUUCUUUAGAGUUUAGCCCAGGAAGGGAAUCUCCCUCUAGUGAUGUAUUCGACCAUAGUCCCAUUGACGGAUUGGAAAAACUCGCACCACUAGCCCAGACAGAGGGAGGGAAAGAGAUAAAAACUUUACCCGUUUAUGUCAGUUUUGUACAAGUGGGGAAGCAAUAUGAAAAGGAGAUACAACAAGGAAGUGUAAAAAAAAUCAUAAGUCAGGAAUGUAAGACAGUACAAGAAACCAGGGGGACCUUUUAUACAACCAGACAGCAAAAGCAACCUCCUUCUCCCCAAGGUAGCCCAGAAGAUGAUACUCUAGAGCAAGUAUCCUUUCUAGACAGCUCUGGGAAAAGCCCUUUAACCCCAGAAACACCCAGUUCAGAGGAAGUGAGUUAUGAAUUUACAUCUAAGACACCUGACUCGCUCAUAGCUUAUAUACCAGGCAAACCCAGCCCAAUUCCCGAGGUUUCUGAGGAGUCAGAGGAGGAGGAACAGGCCAAGUCAGCCUCCCUAAAGCAGGCUACAGUGGAGGAGAUAGCAGUCGAGCGUGAAAUGCCUAAUGACGUGAGCAAAGACUCUAACCAAAGACCCAAAAGUAACAGAGUUGCCUAUAUUGAAUUUCCCCCUCCUCCACCACUGGAUGCAGACCAGAUUGAGUCAGAUAAGAAGCAUCAUUAUCUCCCAGAAAAAGAGGUUGACAUGAUUGAAGUCAAUCUGCAAGAUGAGCAUGACAAGUACCAGCUGGCUGAACCUGUCAUUAGAGUACAGCCACCUUCACCAGUUCCUCCCGGGGCAGACGUCAGUGAUUCCAGCGAUGACGAAUCUAUUUAUCAGCCAGUCCCAGUUAAAAAAUACACCUUCAAGUUAAAGGAAGUGGAUGACGAACAAAAAGAAAAACCCAAAGCUUCUGCUGAAAAGGCUUCCAACCAGAAAGAACUGGAAAGUAACGGAUCUGGAAAAGAUAACGAAUUUGGCCUUGGCCUUGAUUCACCUCAGAAUGAAACUGCCCAGAAUGGGAACAAUGACCAGUCCAUCACAGAGUGUUCCAUUGCCACCACAGCGGAGUUUUCUCAUGACACGGAUGCCACAGAGAUAGACUCUCUGGAUGGCUAUGACCUGCAAGAUGAAGAUGAUGGCUUAACAGAGAGCGAUUCUAAACUCCCUAGUCAAGCCCUGGAAAUUAAGAAAGAUAUAUGGAACACAGAGGGCAUUCUGAAGCCAGCUGACCGCUCUUUUAGCCAAAGUAAACUUGAAGUUAUCGAGGAGGAAGGAAAGGUGGGACCAGAUGAAGACAAGCCACCUUCUAAAAGUUCUUCAUCUGAAAAGACUCCUGAUAAGACUGAUCAGAAGUCAGGGGCCCAGUUCUUCACACUGGAAGGCAGACAUCCUGACCGAUCAGUGUUUCCUGAUACUUACUUCAGUUACAAAGUAGAUGAAGAGUUUGCCACUCCUUUUAAAACAGUAGCUACCAAAGGUCUAGAUUUUGACCCUUGGUCCAGUAACCGAGGGGACGAUGAAGUUUUUGACAGUAAAUCACGGGAAGAUGAAACUAAGCCAUUUGGGCUAGCUGUAGAAGACCGCUCUCCAGCAACAACCCCUGAUACAACGCCAGCCAGAACGCCAACUGAUGAAAGUACCCCAACUAGUGAGCCUAACCCCUUCCCAUUUCAUGAAGGAAAAAUGUUUGAGAUGACUCGCAGUGGUGCAAUUGACAUGAGCAAGAGGGAUUUUGUUGAAGAGAGGCUCCAAUUUUUCCAGAUUGGUCCACAGAGUCCAUGUGAACGGACAGAUAUCAGGAUGGCAAUAGUAGCCGACCACCUGGGACUUAGUUGGACAGAACUGGCAAGGGAACUGAAUUUUUCAGUGGAUGAAAUAAAUCAAAUACGUGUGGAAAACCCCAAUUCUUUAAUUUCUCAAAGCUUCAUGUUAUUAAAAAAAUGGGUUACCAGAGACGGAAAAAAUGCCACAACUGAUGCCUUAACUGCGGUCUUGACAAAAAUUAAUCGAAUAGAUAUAGUGACACUGCUAGAAGGACCAAUAUUUGAUUAUGGAAAUAUUUCAGGCACCAGAAGUUUUGCAGAUGAGAACAAUGUUUUCCAUGACCCUGUUGAUGGUUAUCCUUCCCUUCAAGUGGAACUGGAAACCCCCACAGGGUUGCACUACACACCACCUACCCCUUUGCAGCAAGAUGAUUAUUUUAGUGAUAUCUCUAGCAUAGAAUCUCCCUUUAGAACCCCCAGUAGACUGAGUGAUGGGCUAGUGCCUUCCCAGGGGAACAUAGAGCAUUCCACAGAUGGACCUCCAGUCGUAACUGCAGAAGACACUUCCUUAGAAGACAGCAAACUGGAAGACUCAGUGCCUUUAACAGAAAUGCCUGAAGCAGUGGAUGUAGAUGAGAGCCAGUUGGAGGAUGUAUGUCUGAGUGAGUAUCCUCAAUACCUCGGAAAUUUGGCUGGGGCCCCAAAAGAUGUUAAACCAGCACAGCCUAGAAAACUAGGAGUAAGCUCUGCACAGCAGGAGAAAGGAAAAUCUGGUCCUGAUGAGGAGAUGACGGAAGAGAAACUCAAAUCUCUAUUUGAGGACAUUCAACUUGAAGAAGGAGUAGAGUCUGAGGAGAUGACAGAAGAAAAAGUACAGGCUAUUCUUAAGCGUGUUCAGCAAGCAGAACUGGAAAUGUCUUCAAUUACAGGUUGGCAGAAUGAGACAUCAAGUGGAAACCUAGAAUUGCCUGCUCAAGCUCGAAGAGUAACUGGUGGGUUACUAGAUCGACUGGAUGACAGCCCUGACCAGUGUAGAGAUUCCAUUACCUCAUAUCUCAAAGGAGAAGCUGGAAAAUUUGAAGCAAAUGGAAGCCAUACAGAAAUCACUCCAGAAGCAAAGACAAAACCUUACUUUCCAGAAUCCCAAAAUGAUAUAGGAAAACAGAAUACUAAGGAAACUCUGAAACCAAAAAUACAUGGAUCUGGUCAUGUUGAAGAACCAGCAUCACCACUAGCAGCAUAUCAGAAAUCUCUAGAAGAAACCAGCAAGCUUGUAAUAGAAGAGACUAAACCCUGUGUGCCUGUCAGUAUGAAAAAGAUGAGUAGGACUUCUCCCCCAGAUGGCAAGCCAAGGCUUAACCUCCAUGAAGAAGAGGGGUCCAGUGGGUCUGAGCAAAAGCAGGGAGAAGUUUUUAAGGUGAAAGCGAAGAAAGAAAUCCGGCAUGUGGAAAAGAAGAGCCACUCGUAACAGCGAACGGAUCACAAGUUUUUACUGCCAGUAUUGAGAAAUUCAUGGAAGAAAUGUCAGCAGGAAGUAAAAAUUCACCGAGAAGCGUGUCUAUGUUCGCUGCUUCCACACAUUAAUGGCAUGAUUUUUUUUAUGCAAAAAGAAAAGAAAAAAAGAAAACCACCCACAUUUUAAUUUAGCAUGAGCCAAUGUACAGAGCAUGGAAAUCACUUUCAUUUCCGGAUUGGCGCGUGUGCAAUUAGCAAUGCAGUGUAUAUACAAGAAGCCAUGCUGUUAACAGUUUAUCUCAAGUGAUUUUGGUGUCAUUUACAAAAGGAAGAAAUUCCUGCCAUCAGAAGGAACAGAGGAGAUGGAAUGAUCAAGUCACAGAGAAACACUAAAAUUACUAAAUCUACAACAGCUCGCCUUAUUUUUCUUGGACCCAAACUGUCAGGGUAUAAACACUAUUUGUUUCUUUUUUAAAACAUCGAUAGUUUUGCUGUAAAUAGUAACACUGUAUAAAUUCUAACAGAAAAAUAGAAUAAAAUGUUGAUAAGGCACUGCCUCUUAGAACACAAAGAGAAUAUUGCAAAUGCAUUUAACAAAUAGGGGUCUCAAGUGACUUCACCCUAGAAGAGGAGGGCAGGGUUUGGGGGCGGGGGAGGGGGACUCUUCACUGAUUCUUGUAUAUUAGCAAUUAUAAUGUUUGUAUAUGCAAAACUGCUAGCUUGAUUUUAAAAAAACAAACCUUUAAAAUCUGCUGCAAAUUUAAAUAAUUCCCAAAAUGAGGAAUUCUGUAGUUCUGUGAAAAAAUUUUUUCUUCAGAAUACUAAUAUUUUGAUGCAUGUGUAUCACCUUAUUUUGAUUAAAUCUUUUCCAAUUUUGCAAACACUACAGUAUACUGCAACACAAAAGAUUUUAUCUGUAAACACAAAGCCCUUCAUCUAAUAUUUGUUGCUAUUGCCAAUUUUUCAAUGAAAUGAUCUAAAAACAAACAAAAAAAAAUAACCUAUACGGUAGUUGCUUUAGGGGGUGGGGGGGUGCUAUCUGUUAGUGCUUAAAAGGGGGUAAAUGCUUGCCGCUUUAGAGGUGGAUGGUGCUCAUAAGAGGCCCCAGUCGGGGGUAUUUAAAAUGGACUGAACAGAAAUCCUUAGCUAGUAGAAUGGCAGCACGCUGUAAAAUUAUUACUGUAUUGUGUACUGGCUAUAAGAUGUAGACACAUUUCAGUAAGCCAAUCAUUUGUAACCAUUUUAGCAGUGUCAUAUUAGGUUAAUAAGGCUGCUGUGUUUUAAAGGGCAUUUUUAUUUGGGUUUUGGUGAAAUUCUUUAAUUUGUUGAUUAUAUUCACAUAAAAUCAGCAUUCAUUGACACAUAACUCUAAUGACAUAUGUAUGAAAAACCAUACACUGGAUGACCUAGUCGAUUAUUUAAGCAUAAAAUAAAUUGUGUUAAACUCUUCACC